CCCUUUCGGGAUGGCAGCGCUCCGGCCCGUACCUCGCGCGGGACCCCCACGAGGGGCCUGAGCCAUCGCACGUGGGAUUGACACCGGUGCACCGAAGGGAUUCACGACCGUGCUUGGCACUUCUGUGAUUGCUACGACCCUCUUGUGAACCGUGAUCGUUUUUCUUUUCUGCGUCAGCAGCUGCGGUGCCUCGUAGCCUGCCUGGACUGUGUGUCGGCUGGUGAACCUCAUGGAGAGGCUCAUGAUGAGGUCCUCUCCGAGCAACUACAACGACGUGAAACUGAAGCUGCUGCAGGAGGGCGGCCUGGAGUUCCGCGACGCGGACAUGCUCUACCCAGCCGAUCCGACGGCACAAGUGGUGUCGUACGCGGCGGGGCCUUUGCAGCCGCUGCCGCCGCACGAAGACGUCUAUGGCUCUACGCAGCUGGGCGCCAUCAUGGACUUGCAACAGCAACAGCAGCCGCAGCACGUGCAAGCCUCCCAGGUCCAGGACCACGAGCCCAAGAAAAAGAAUGCAAACAGCCGGGCCACCUCGUCUAACCAGAGUUAUAUGGACCACCCCAGAAACUCCAUCAACGUUCACGCCGAUUCCAUGCAGGGCGAUGACACUGACACGAGUCCCGAGCCCCCGGGGCGAGCAUCUUCUCCGCGGCGGCACGAGAAAAGAGAGCCCACCCCAAGAGCACGCUCCCCCGCCUUCUCGCCCCCGCUGGUGCGCGCCUGCGGAGGAAUCCUGUCAGCGCCGCGGCGCUCCGUCUCUGAGCGCUCGUUCAUCAUCUGCUCUCGCUCUUUGUUAGCUGUGGUGCGUGCCCGCCCUGGGGAUGGCGUACAUAACGCGCGUGCUUUAUCUCCAUUCGGCGCAGGUCAUGGUGGCGUGAAUCAGCUGGGCGGCGUAUUCGUGAACGGCCGUCCAUUACCGGAUGUGGUGCGGCAGCGCAUUGUGGAGCUGGCGCACCAGGGUGUCCGGCCCUGCGACAUCAGCCGCCAGCUGAGGGUCUCCCACGGAUGCGUCUCCAAGAUACUCGGAAGGUACUACGAGACAGGCUCGAUCCGGCCGGGCGUGAUCGGCGGCAGCAAGCCGAAGGUGGCCACGCCCAAGGUGGUGGACGCCAUCGCGAACUACAAGAAGCAGAACCCCACCAUGUUCGCCUGGGAGAUCCGCGACCGGCUGCUGGCCGACGGCGUCUGCGACCAAGACAACAUACCCAGCGUUAGCUCCAUCAACAGGAUCGUGCGCAACAAGGCAGCCGAGAAGGCCAAGCACCACCACGUGUCGUCCAACGGCGGCAGUCCGCAGCCCCAGUCGUCGCCCACGUCGGUGAUCACGCACGCGCCAGCAUCGGCGCAUGAGUCGAGCGUCUCUGCGGCGGCAGCCGCGGCUGCCCUGCAGAGGCCCUCAUACUCCAUCAACGGCAUCCUGGGCAUUCCCAGCGCCGAGGCGGCCAAGCGCAAGCGCGACGACCAGGUCUCACAAGUGCACGGCGACUCGGCGCGAGACAUGAACGGUGACCACGGAAUCCACGAAGAUGAAGUUAAACGUUCCAGGGCGCAGUACAACGGCGAGCAGAUCUACUCCAACCUGAGUCCCAACAUGUGGGCCAAGUGGACAAAGCAGGACGAACUGAAGGCCAGCAUGGCGGACCUGCCAACGAGCAACGGGUCGCCGUACCAUCACCUGACGUCGCAGACGUCUCAACCGGCGCCCCCAUCGCAAGGCGGCGCCUUCGAGCAGGCCUUCAGCCCCGUGGUGUCGUCAGCGGAGAAGCAGCCGGCCGAAUACGACGUCGCCAUGACCACCAUCAACUCGCAGUCCACCGCCGUCUACUCGCCACCUCUCGGCAGCAAUUCGCUCACCCCUCUGACGCCCAUCAGCAUGCAAGAAGUCAAGUCCCUUGUCAACAGCGGAGCGUCGCUCAUUGAAACUAGUCCAAAUCCACACUCCUACCAUCCAGCGGCCGCGGCGACCGGUAGCGAGAUCCAGGGCAGCCCUUCACCGGCCAAGGCCGAGGCACCGUGCCCGCUCUCGUCGCUAACGGUGCUGCAGCCCGUCCAGGGGGCCAUCCCGGGCUACGGCUCCAGCUUCUCGCAGUUCUCGGCCGCGCCAGUGACGGGCAGCGCAGUUGCCAGCUCCGCGGUGGCCGGCAUUCCCGGCGCCGACUACGCCUACGCGUCGCCCUACACGCAGUACUCUUCGGCAGCAGCGUAUGGCGCCUACGGCUACGGCUCCAGCGGAAUCAUCAACCCGUCCUACUACUACGCCCAUAGCGCCAGGACCGGGUCGGCCGGCACGGGCCUCAGCAGUGCGGGUCCGCUCAGUCCCAACGCCUACAAGGGCGAGCGCUGCUGACACCUGCGGGACGCUUAAGGCUCGCCGACCGCGUCCACGGGACAGCACGCCCCCCAUGCUCUGCCGCCCUUGACUCACUGCGGAGCGCAACAACGGAUCCGAAGAUACCACGACGGCCGAGGUGGCAGAGGCAGCGGUGACGGCGGCGACCAUCUUGAAGCAGGCUGCGGACUUGGCCGGCAACAUUUCACUUGCGUCGUUCCCCGUGCCGAGAUGAUGGUGCCUGAUCGGGACAGUAGACGAGGAAAACAGGCAGCCGCCAGCGGACGAGUGUGGCGCGUCGACGGGAGAACCGCGCGUCGGUGGUGAUCGGUUCCUCGCGAAAACCAAAGAUCUUGUGUCCGCCUUGUGGACUCUUUUGGACUUGUGCGAAGUGUACGUGAUGCGCAAGAACGACGACGUUUAACGGGAGUCUCCGGCGCACCACGUCGUGUGCGUAUAGCACGACAGCGGCGCGCCACAUUGAAUGCGCGGGGCGGCUGCGCGAUACGAGGCGAAUAGCCGGCCAGAGUGUGCUGUAGGGCUGCCAUGAAGUUGGUUGCGAUGCAGCGAGAGCUUCCGCGCGGCUCCCCGCCUGGUUGUUAAGCGAGUAGCGAUUACGCUCUUUCAGACGCUGUAAGCGUCGGUGAUCUUUUUCCCGCUUGUAUGUCAGCUCAUCAGUGGGACGAAUACACAAAGCUUUGUAUUCGUGCGCCUUCUCUUGCAUUGCCUACUUCAAGCUCACUGAUAUGAUGCACAAAAUCGGGAAUGGCUGAAAAAUUUCUUCCCACAUGGUAUUCUGGCACAAGAGCUUUUGCGAGUAUAUGCUAAAGUAUAAGUACUUCCAAGCUCGUUUCAACAUGCUAUAUGAAAGGUUGACAACAGAAUGCUAUCACUGCGUAGAAGAAGUAAAGUGAGGCAGGUGUGCACAAAGAAUCGGUUUUCAAAAAGGGUGAACGCAGCAGUUUUCCGAGAGAAUUCAGAAGUAUUUCUUCUUUCAGAUAGUGUAACGGCAAACAGUGUUACAUAGUCUUGAACUAAACAAACAGAUUUCAAUAUACACCCUCGAGAUGAAAACCUAAAAUAGAAAAGAAAUAGGACUAAAGCACGUGUGUAGCAUGCGUUAGUCGCGAAGUAAAUCUUGCUGCCACACCUGCUCACCAAUAAUACUUAAAGUCCCUUUACUCGCCAAGGCGCAAGGAGUCGCGCGGCAAUGCUUUAGACGCUCGCUUCCAUUGACAAGCACUGGUAUACUUGUGUAAAGGGAGGUGGUUCAUUUACGCCACCACGUCUUAGAGGCAUCGCACAAAAACAAACAAAAGAAUCGUUGCGGUGGCACAAGAAGUGUGACUUAAUCUGGUCGCCAGGAUAUUUCUAUUCAUCCUUACAUCAACCCCGCUUGUUAGUUAACAUCGACAACCUUUUACCCUUGUUCCCCAUCCCUCCCUCGUAUUAUUUUUCUUUGUUUCUCCCUCCAGAGAACUGUCUUUGUGCGUAUUAUUUACAGUGUAGCACUGCGUGUAUUUAUCAAAAAAAAAAACGAAACACAACGCAGAAUGGAUAUUAACGUCGCCUCUCCACUUACAAGGCGUAGUUCCGCACGUCGCCUCUCCACUUACAAGGCGUAGUUCCGCACGAUGGCGAUGACGAUGAUGCUGCUGAUUCUACAUGGUCUCACGCCACGGUUUGCUCAAAGUUUUACGUUUGUCUAAGCACACGUUUACCUGUCUGCGAAGGAAAAAAAAAAAGGUUCACAGUUUCACAGCCACCACACGAAAAGAAGGAGACACACACACACAAACACGCAAAAAACUAAGAGUGUAUUCACUGUAAACGUUAUCAAGUGUUCGCAAAGGAGAAAGAGCGACCCAACGGCGAAGCGCAUGUUGUUGCUUAUCUGCAUGUUGUUAUGCCGGGAUGAGAGCUUCGCACAGUUCAGCGGCAUUGAUUCGCGUCCUCUCGGUGUUCUCGCGUUGUUUCAGGCGUGCCUGUGUCUGCAUUAAGCGACUGCGCGAAUACAUCGAAUUGGGUUCCCUCAAAACUUUAGUGCUUUUAGAGCGCUUACUCAUUCAAAAAAGAAGCUUCAGGAACGAAGGACACAUCAGACGUCAGAAACGACAAAUUAUUUGUUUAUUUAGAAAAUCGUAGCCGUGUACGUUACAUUCGCAAACACACGCAUCGCGUGAUAUUGAAUCUCAUAUCGUGUCUGGCUUUAUAUUAGGAGUAAAAAAAAGAUAGGGAAACUAGAGAACACGGAGUUUUCGCUUGAAGGCACGAAACUAUUCCUAACAGCGUCUUUCUCGGCUUUCUCGGUGCCCACUUCGGAGACACCACUGUACCGGCCAAGCUCACCUCCUCGCUAGAUGCGAAGCAAGCGGCCGCUCCAGGAAGCCGAACCGCAGGCGUCUGACUUGCGCCUCGGCUUUUUCGCUGUAGACAAUGUAGGUCACUUCAUUGUAUAGUCCAUAUGGUUCACCCCCCCCCCCCUUUUAAGUGGCAUGCUUCUCGAAUGUGUAUCAUGUGUUUACUAAUUUAUACAAACCCUAUGACAGAGAUGUUGGCAAAAAAAAAUGGAUGGGCCGAGUGCAGAGGUGCGGGCGACGAGAAAGAAUCGUUCACCUAUGCGAAAGAGACGAUGUACAUUAUUACUUCCCGCCGUGGUUGUGCCUGCUUGGUGUGAGAGUAUCGUUUUCUUUUAUUGUGUGUGCGACCCGUUUUCUUUUGCGUGCGCUUAUACAUACGUGUUAAGGCGCAACGAAUGGUGCCGCGUGCGACAUUGCUGACGCUGGGCUCCUCGUUCGGGCAGCACCAGUUCAUCCCAUUGUACAUGCGAAAUCCCUUCGUCUUUCUCAUGGCAGAUGUUCACUUCAUAUUCCCCCCUCUCUUUCCGUGCCGCACCUAAAAUGGAAUAUUGUGUGUUGUAAGAUAUUUUGCGGGAGAACAACAUACAAUACGCUAGCGUUUUUAUGUUGCUUUUACGUUGUGUUCUAUUUUUUCUUUUUAUUAUUUUGCCUGCCUGUUCGUGUUGUGUGUUGGCGUAUUUGUAUUUGUACUCCCUUUUUAUGUCGUUUUUGUUAAUCCUUAUUGUUUCUUAGAGUUGCACCCUGUGAUGAAGAACGACACCCUUGUAUAUAUACAUCACGCCCUAGGCGUUUUCUUUUUUUUUUCGUCUACCUUUUAGUAGUGAUAAAAAGCGAAUCACAGGAAUGAGGCAUAUUUCUUUAAGUAUAUUGAUUCUUAUUUUGAAGUGGCACGAUAGUUUCGGAAGGUGCUGUCAAAUGAAGGCAUUGAGGCGACUUCUUGUGAUGUCUUUUGAGGGCGAAAAUUGUUCGUCACCACUUGUAAACAUUGUGGAAUGAGAUAGUGCUGAUGAGAAGCGCUUAUAUCCGGCGUUAGCGGCAAACAAAUGUUAAUGAAGAGUGAGUGCGUGUGAGUUUCCACGGAGCCGUUCGUGAUUCUCCAAUAGACGAACGACUUUCCGCUGACGCACCCCAAGGCAUAACAUUACGGCGGCAGAUACAUUAAUGAAGUUCGUCGAGGCGUGCACAAAACUAUUUCAUUUUUUGUGCCGUCAAUGCGAGCUGUAAAAGUGCGUUAAUACAGCGCAGUGGUAAGCUACUUAAUGAUCUUAUUGCGUGUUCAGGAGAUGAAGAAUGUAUACCGGUGUUUUGCUGGAGUUCGCCUGCGAGGCGCCGAACUCCUGCGUAUAGCGUCCACCCCCCCCCCUCUCUCUCUCUCUCUCUUAAAAGGCCACGAAUGUUCCUCAACUACGGUCACAUGCGCAUAACGUGCGUAUAGGUUCUAUCUGUGUCAUACAGAGCUAAUAUAUGUAUAUAAAAAAGGUCAGAUGAUUUGUUUUUCACAACACGUGCUCUUGAACCAGCAGUAUGGCGACAGGUUCAAAAAAAAAAAAACACGUCACACUGCUUUGAACAUGGAAGCCCCCCCCCCCCCUUUUUUUUUUUGCCUUACCACGAUGGAUCAUCAGACAUAAUUAUUUGCGACAACCACUUAAGCAUGCCAUGUGGCACACCAAUUUGAGUAGGUAAAUCUGAAAACCUUGAAGCUUUUUUGACAUGUGAAGGGUAAAGGAGGUUGGACGAUUUUGUUCUAUUUCUCGGCUCUCUACAAGCAUCUGCCAUCAUUCCUUGCCUAUAGGGAAACGUCGUAUUGACCGACUAUUGUGUAUUGGAGCACUGUGCGAUGCCUUCGAUUGUACUGUACCAGAAAAAGAAGUUUUCUUCUUUUGUUUAUUUUCCUCUCGUUUAGAAUUUGCUGAAUGAACUCGAUGCUGAAUGAUGCUUUGUCGGCCAGAGGCUACGCGCGGCUCUGUAUCUUUUCCUUUGGUUGUGUACAUGAACUGGUUGCCUGGACAAAAUGUACGUGUGCGGGGCUGAGUGACAAGUGUGCAAAAUGUGAUGACUGCAUGAAAUAAAACUCGAUGAGUAUGCACACAC